UUCCAGUAAGCUCGAUAACUGACCCACAGAACUUGUAUAAAUAGUUCGAACUAAACUACCAGCAACCAUAGUUUGAUUCCACCUCAACACGUCAUGAAGUUGUUUGUACUCUGCGUAGCCAUCGCUGUAGUCGGCGUUUCCUGCGCUCCUCCGGAACUGCCUCAACGUCCACGUCCGUGGUGGAAUCAUUCUACACUUUUCCAAAACCUCAUCACUAAGUCGUCCAGCCGAAUAGUUGGCGGAUUCCCAGUCUCCAUCGAGGAUGUCCCCUAUCAAGUCUCCCUCCGUAAUUGGGCUGGCUCCCACAUGUGCGGUGGUUCCAUCAUCAGCUCCCGCUGGAUUCUGACGGCUGCACAUUGCGCUUCAGCAUCGUCAAGCCCCAUGUACACCAUUAUGGCCGGAUCCACCAACAGAAAAGAAGGCACUGUUUUCAAGCUGGAACGAAUCAUUCCCCACCCGCUGUACAACGGCAACACGAUCGAUUACGACUUCUCGCUGAUCGAACUCAAACAAGACAUCGAAUUUGAUGACACCCGUUCCGCGAUAGCCCUCCCAAUGCAAGAUGAGCCACUCAAGGAGGGAGCCCUGUGCCGAGUGUCCGGAUGGGGCGAUACGAAGAACUGGUCCGAGUCAACAACGCUAUUGCGAGCAACGGAUGUACCAUCGGUGGACCAGGAUCGGUGUUCGACCGCGUACGGAGGCUUCGGUGGAAUCACGCCCCGUAUGCUGUGUGCCGGAUACUGGGAAGGUGGCAAGGAUGCCUGCCAGGGUGACUCCGGUGGUCCGCUGGCCAGCGGCGGUAAACUGGUCGGAGUGGUUUCCUGGGGCUACGGUUGUGCCAUGGAGGGCUAUCCGGGAGUUUACUCCCGGGUGGCUGCCGUACGCGACUGGAUCCAGCAGGAAACCGGUUUGUGAUGAUCUCAUUGUUUGUGUAUGUGCGUGAUUGAAUAAAUUGUUAACUAAUUGAACGGACA